AAACUUUCAGUUCAUCCUUUUGUCGCUAAAACAAUUGAAUUUUCUAAGAGGAAGGAGAAACGGCUUCAUUAGUGUCACCCCCCUCCUGUGGGGUGUAUUCAAGCUCCAUUUAGAGCAAUUACUUGAGCAGAAACCGUCUGUCAAUCAUUCUUAAGGGGGAAGAGUCCCAAUUAAUGAGCUCCUGUAAUCCUCUGCUAUUAUUUCCCUUCUGAAGAGACACACACACAAACACACACCAGCUCUCUGUCCAGCGGAAUCCACUAGAGAACUGUGCAUUCGUGUAUGUUUUCACGUUUAAAGUGAGAGCAGUUGAGGUCAGUCGGGGCGUACAGUAGCAGACGGAGGCGUGCUCAUCACCCGCAUGUGACCCGCUGCAGGGAGAAACAGGUGGAUGCGGGUCAGACUGGAGACAGAAAGAGCACGGAGCAUCUCGUGUCAGAGGUAAAACCAGUCCGUUUUGGAUUCCAUCAGAUCAAGUGGUUUUAUCAGUUGUACGGCCCCAUCCCAGCAUUCGAAUGCAUUUGUCACUGGACACCAUGAACAUGGUGGAUGACAGCUGUCUUUCGCUCAGUAACUUCCACGAGAUGGUCAAAGCGGGGGGCGCGGCGGUGGGCACUCGUGUCCACAGCAUAGAUGUCAUCCUGGGCUUCAACAAGGACCAGGAUCCUUUGCUCAACCCUGGAGGCAAUGUGGUAGCACACAAAGUUGGAGGGGAAAGUCUUGGAGAUCCAGGGAAGCAGGACCAGCGGGUACAACCCUACGGGCACCUGCCACCCCUCAGGGAUGCUUCGGAGCAACCUGCAUUUCACGAUGCUGAUAUAUUCUCCAACAAGUGUGACGGGGAGUUGGGCGAUCUGCGGAAGUCCAUUGAGAGUGACAGCAAGUCUCCGGACUUGGCCGAUGGGGAGCAACCCAAGAAAAAGCACCGCCGCAACCGCACAACCUUCACUACGUACCAGCUCCACAAGCUUGAGCGAGCCUUCGAGAAGUCCCACUACCCUGAUGUUUACAGCCGAGAGGAGCUGGCCAUGAAAGUCAACCUCCCUGAGGUUCGAGUGCAGGUUUGGUUCCAGAAUCGCAGAGCCAAAUGGAGGCGACAGGAAAAAAUAGACGCCAGCACUAUGAAGCUCCAUGACUCCCCCAUGCUCUCCUUCAACCGCCCACCAAUGCACCCCACCAUGGGCCCCAUGAACAACUCGCUGCCCCUUGACCCUUGGCUGCCCUCCCCUCUAUGCAGUGCCACUCCAGUGCACAGCAUCCCAGGGUUCAUGGGUCCUACACAAGGACUACAAGUGGGCUAUGCCAAUCACGGUUUCCUUAGCCCACCCCAACCCAUGGCCCAAAGCAUGCAGCCCAUGGCGCCACCUCCAUACCAAUGCCCUCCUCCCUUCACUGACAAAUACCCUCUGGAGGACGUAGAUCAGCGCAGUUCAAGCAUUUCCGCACUGAGGAUGAAAGCUAAGGAACACAUCCAGUCCAUGGACAAAACCUGGCAACCCAUGUGCUAAGACAGGGUACAUCUCUCUUUAGCUUUCUUGGUUACUAAUUGGUACUGAAGGCUACACAAGAACCAUGUUUCUUGUAUUGGAUGGUUAUCUUAUUCUCCAGGUCAGAAAAAGUUGGGCCAGCGAAAUGUAGGCGCUAAAUGAGUUGUGUGCCAUUUAUUAAUUUUUUUGCAACUGGAUGUAAAAAAAAACCUUCCAAGCAACUGUUGAAGAAAAAAAAAAUCUGUUUCAUAUAUGUAUUUGUAAUGCACACAUUGGCAUGUUUUUUAUGUCUUUCACUGUCCUAAUAGGUUUAAUUGGUUUUGGAGUGGUUUCUAAAACCAGAGUUACUGAAAUGUGAAUAUGAGGGCAUGUUUUGCAUCACAUAACCUCUGUCUGCAAAUUUACACUUCCUCCUGGUCCAGAUGUUUUGGGUUGAAACAAAAGAUAAAUAUGAUCAGCGGUUAGAAAAGACCUCUUACACAGGCAGCUGAUUUUAUCAAAACCCCUCUUUUUGAUCACAAAGGCAAGGACAAGGGACAGAAAUGAUUGGUUUUGGGGGAAAAGUUUGCACGCCUCAGUGUUCAUUAGAGGCAAAUGCUUAUUGGCAGACCCAUCUCCUGUACGUGCAGAAGGGGAAACUAUGCCAUCACCCCUUCAUGACUCCCCCUUUGUUUGGGCCAGUUGAUCAAAGUCUGAUCUUUUUGUUUCAGCUUCUUUAGAGGGAAAGACUGUCAGAGACUGUCACUUUAAGACACCAAUCAAAAUCAGAAGUUUUUUUUUAGAUAAAACACCAUCAUUGUGCUUUAAGUCUCAUUUUAUGAUGACUCCGAGAAUAAUUAACCAUCAAAACAGACCUGGCUUCAAAGGACCAAUGUCAUGUCCCACAAACACGCAAGUGGGAUUCGCUGCUUACUUUCGAAAGGAAACUCACUCAGUUCGUGUUGCCAGAGUUUUUGUAGCAAUAAAUCAUGUGUAGUUGUGUUUGACUAAUAACGUUCUGGACAGCUAGAUAUUGAUUCCUGUCAGGAAAGGUAUUAAACUUUCAGGUUGAUUGAAUUAUUCAUUUGAACGAACUAUGCUUACUAAUAAUGUUUUAAGAUUAGCUGUAUAGGAUGUCAAGGAUGAAGAAUUUGUAGAUGUUAUGAACACAUACAGUUGAUUACACUGUAUAAGCCAGUUGUUUUUUGUUUAAUGUUGCUUCCCACAGUUCUAUUAUGAGGCUCUUUGGGCCAAAUGUUAGUUUACAAUCUGAAUCUAUGUUUAGAUGACUUGCACAGUUUGAAUAAUUGCAAAGCCAAUGUUAGACAGCAAUAUGACAAUCAUGAGUAAUUAAAAUGAGUGUAUGUGCGUAUGAUGUUUUUUGUCCAAAAAUACAAAUGUGGUUCUCAUGUUUGUAAUGUGUCCUAGACGUUUUCACGAUUACCUUUGAAUCAAGCAGAGAAAUGAAUGUCCACAAACAUUCUUAAGAAUAAACAAAUCUAGUUUCUCAGAGAUUUUCCGUUGACUCAUCCAUUCCUGGGAAGAUUGUUUGGAAGUCUAUGUCUCUGGUUGAACUAUAGGAAAUACUGUCUAUUUCAUAACCCCCUCCUGUCUCUGUUUCUUUUGACCCAUGGCGCCGAGCCAGCCUGUUAGGAAGAUAAGGUUCCAGUCAAUCAGCCUGGCCCGGGAGGGGGCAUUGGCCCCAGG